AAAUCCAAAACCAUAUCAAAUUCAAAUUCCCAUAUAACCCUCCAAAUUACUUAUCCAUCUAUCGAGAGCUCCUCUCUAAAUCUCUUCAUGGGCAAUAAUAUCAAGCUGCUAGACAAGCUCCUUUAUGCUUGCUUCCUAGCCUUGUCAUUCCGUCUUGUAUCCAUAAAUGGUGAACAAUUAACAUCAUGCGCCCAGACUCCUUAUCCCGAUACGUGCAACUACUAUUUGACACGCGACAGCAUGCUGUUAUCAUCCCAAGAGGAGAAGACGUUUGCGUUUCAUGAUUUGGCGCUUAGGGUCACCAUGGACCACACUGUCCAGGUUCAUCGUCUUGUGUCCUCGAUGGAUGUGAGCUCCUUUGAUGGUCGAGCCAGGUCGGCUUGGUCCGACUGUCUGGAGUUGUAUGAGGACACAAUGCACCAGUUAAACCGUUCUAUGAGCUCAAACACCGUUAAUCCUCGUGAUUCACAGACGUGGCUGAGCGCCACGAUCACCAACCAUGUAACAUGCCAAAACGGGUUUAAAGAGCUAAAGGUAGAGUCAAAUCUACAACGCUUCCCGAAUUUGAUGUUGACCAACUUCUCCAGGUUGCUUAGCAACUCGCUAGCCAUCAACAAGGGGUACACGAUAUCAUCCCCUCCGAGCUCCAUCCAUCUCCAUGAAGAGAGUGGCAAUGGAGGCAACCGGCGGCUGUUGGCUGAUGGCUUCCCGUCAUGGGUUUCAGCCUCUGACAGGAAGCUCCUCCAGUCGACAGCAGCGCCCAAGGCCGACCUUGUGGUGGCUAAUGACGGGUCGGGUGACUUCAAGACCAUCUCUGAGGCGGUGGCGGCUUCAGCCAAGCGACGCAGUGGGGACAAGAGGUUCGUGAUAUACGUGAAAGCGGGGACAUACAAUGAGAAUGUGGAGAUUAAAAGGUCAAUGAAGAAUUUGAUGAUUGUUGGAGAUGGGAAGGAUGCCACGGUCGUAACUGGGAGUCGAAAUGCCAAAGAUGGCUCCACCACCUUUCGGUCAGCAACUUUUGCUGUCAUGGGUGCCGGCUUCAUCGCGAGGGAUAUGACAUUUCAAAACACCGCGGGCCCACAGAAACACCAAGCCGUGGCUCUCCGGUCCGGCUCGGACUUCUCCGUCUUCUACAGCUGUAGCUUCAAGGGCUAUCAGGACACGCUGUACGUCUACUCUCAGCGCCAAUUCUACCGUGAAUGCGACGUCUAUGGCACGGUGGACUUUAUCUUUGGGGACGCUGUGGUCGUUCUACAAAACUGCAACAUCUACGCCAGGAAGCCCAUGUCUGGGAAAUGGAACACCGUGACAGCUCAGGCGAGGACUGACCCCAACCAAAACACCGGAAUAAUAAUUCACGGGUGCCGUAUCACGGCUGCCUCUGACUUGAAGCCGGUGCAAGGUUCUGUCAAGACGUAUCUUGGUCGGCCCUGGCAGAAGUACUCGAGGACGGUGAUCAUGAUGAGCUCCUUGGAUGGACUGAUUGACCCACAAGGUUGGCUUCCAUGGAGUGGGAGUUUCGCUCUGAGCACUCUCUAUUAUGGUGAAUACAUGAAUACAGGAUCUGGUGCCAGCACGAGUGGAAGGGUGAAAUGGCCAGGCUAUCACGUGAUUACAAGCGCAUCUGACGCUAGAAAAUUUACGGUCGGGAACUUCUUGGCUGGAAACUCAUGGAUUCCGGCUACCGGAGUACCAUUUUUGGUGGGUCUCUGAUGAAAGUGGAUAUUUCCUGGUCAAUAUUUCUAAGCAUGAAAAGGUGGGUUAUUAGCUGUAAAACUAUAAAUAGGAAAAUGACAUGAAGUUGGGAAAGGUUGUCAUAUAGUUUGUGUCAGUAUCCAGAUGCCCUUGUUGGCUUCAAAUUUGUCAAAGUCAAGCAGAAAACUGUACAAAAUGAAUAAAAGUGAAGUUUGAUGAUGCAGUCAGUUUAUAUCA